AUGGAUGCUGUGGAACUUGCCAGAAAAUUGUAGGAGGAGGCCACUUGCUCCAUCUGUCUCGACUACUUCACAGAUCCCGUGAUGACCACCUGCGGUCACAAUUUCUGCCGAGAGUGCAUCCGACUGACCUGGGAGAAGGCCAAAGGCCAGAAAAGGAGGAGAAAGUGCAAGGGCUCCUUUCCCUGCCCUGAGUGCCGCAAGCUAUCCCCCCAGAGGAACCUGCGGCCCAACCGUCUGCUGACCAAGGUGGCCGAGAUGGCGCGGCAGCACCCCAGCCUACAGAGCAGGGACCUGUGCCAGGUGCACCAGGAGCUGCUCAAACUCUUUUGUGAGGACGACCAGAGUCCCAUCUGCGUCAUCUGCAGGGAGUCCCAGGGACACCGGCCCCACAGGGUGGUCCCUAUUGAGGAGGUUGUGCAGGAAUACAAGUUGAAGUUGGAGGAAAACAUGGGAUACCUGCGAGAGGAAAUGAUGAAGACCGGGAAGUUGCAAGCCAAGUAGGAACAGACCUUGGCCGAAUGGCAGGAGAAGGUGAAGGAGCGGAGUGAGUGCAUCGUGGUUGAGUUUGAGAAGAUGGGCCUCCUCCUGAUGGAGGAGAAGCAGCGCCUCCUCCAGGCCCUGAAGGAGGAGGAGGAGGAGACAGUGGCAAAGCUGCAGAAGAGCAUGGCCUCACUGGACCAGCAGAGUCACUCCUUGAAGAUGCUGCUACUGCAGCUGGAGGACAGGAAUGAGUGCACACCACUCCAGAUGCUGCAGGAUGUGAAGGACCUCCUGGGCAGGAAGAACAGUCUGAGCGUGCAGUACCCAGAGGCCACCCCCACCAUGCUGAAGACCGUCUGUAGGGUGCCGGGGCAGAUAGAGGUGCUCAAGAGUUUCCAAGAGAACGUGGUGCCCAAUCCCUCCACGGCAUACCCCUACCUCCUCUUAUAUGAGAGCCACCAGAGGCGCUACCUGAGCACCCCGAUGGAUGGCACACCCCGUGGCAAGGACAGGUUCCUAGCCUACCCCUGUGCAGUGGGCCAAGAGACCUUCUCCUCAGGGAGGCACUACUGGGAGGUGGGCAUGAACCUCACUGCUGAUGCACUGUGGGCCCUGGGCAUGUGCAGGGACAACGUGAGCCGGAGCGGCAGGGUCCCCAAGUGCCCAGAAAAUGGGUUCUGGGUGGUGCAGCUAUGCAAGGGAAAGAGGUAUGCACCUGCCACGUCUGCCCUGACCCCCGUCACGCUGACUGACCCCAGCCACAUGGGCAUCUUCCUGGAUUUCGAGGCCGGAGAGGUGUCCUUCUACAACGUGAACAAUGGGUCCCACCUGCAUACCUACUCCCAGCCCGCCUUCUCUGGCCCCCUGCAACCCUUCUUCUGCCUUGGGGCCCCCAAAUCGGGCCAGACGGUCAUCUCUACAGUGACCCUAUGGGUGAAGUGA